UAACUCAACUCGAGCAUUUCCCCAUACGUUAGAAUCAAACAUAUUCCCAUGCUCACGAUAGAUGAUGAUAUCAUCCCGAUAAGGGCACCGUAUAGCUUCACCGGUGAAUUUAUUUCAGUUGCGAAAUUGUGUUAUCUCGGAUAACUUAUCUGAGACUCUGUCUCUCCUCGGGCAAUGAUUGACUGACAGAGCAGCAAAAUAUUGAUUAAAAACAUGGUGCUGUGACAAAGUGAAAAUGGUUAAAUAUUUUAGGAAGAAUAUAUCCCUGUCGGACUUCUGGGUGUCGUCUCACGAGCGUCUGAGUGAUUUCUACGCGUCGUCAUGGCAACGCGGAGAUUCACCGGUGCCGCUGUUGGUGAUACGGCUGGCAGUGGCGUUUGUGGCGCUGGCGAUCCUCGCGUGGUCCGUGUACGAAGCCCCGGUGCCACACUGGCUGAUCUACCUGACCAAUUGGGGUUUAGUGCUGGUUUCAGCGAUGGCUGUCAGUGGCCUACUUGUGUCUUUCAGUGCCGUGAAGAAGAUUCUACCAGAUGAAGGCAUACUACCGUGGUACGUGUCGAUGUACUGGUUGUUCUACAACAUAUCUGGCACUAUUGCUAUAGUUAUCACUCUGCUGUAUUGGCUACUACUGUUUGAUUCAAGCCUCUAUGUGGUUCAAGACCGCUUGUUCUGGUUGGAGACGGUAACGCACGGGUUCAACACUAUCCUGGUCCUGAUAGAGUUGUUCGCCUCUCGCACGCCGCUUCGUUUCGCCCACAUCUACCAGCCCCUCGGCGUGGGUGUGUGGUACGCCGUGUUUUCUGUGAUAUACUAUGUCGCCGGAGGCACUGAUGGCCUAGGGAACCCGUUUAUUUACGAGAUUCUGGACUGGAGCCGGCCGGGCCCCACAACUGUACUGGUAGUGGCUACUUCAGGUGGCCUUAUCAUGGUGUACUCAGCGCUGUGGGGCGUCACCGUAGCUCGAGACAAGCUGACUGGAGCGCUCAUACGGACUACCAGCCAUACCCUGCCAUUUACACCACCCGACAUCGGCGGAUUUGCCUAACCUGCGACUCCAAAAUAUUUGAACCAUU